CAUACGAUUGAAUGUGGUAUAUUAAACUUGGAUACAUCUUCAGGCGACGGAAGCCAUUGGGUAGCGUUUUAUAAAAAUAAGGACAAAGUUGUAUAUUUUGAUAGCUUUGGUGAUUUACCACCACCAAUUGAAUUACAACAUUAUUUCAGACAGUUCAAAAUAGUAUACAACUAUUCCAACUAUCAAGACUUCAAUACAUUUAACUGUGGUCAUUUAUGUCUUGAAUUCUUGCAAUGCAUGAAUCUAUUACAUUAAAUCUAACUGGAAAUUCAACUGUAUUGUCGGUAAAUUAUUUUCCAUCUCUAAACGUUUACGAGGAUUCAGAAAUAGCUUUGUUAUCUUUGCAAACGUGCAAUUCAUUUCCAAAUAUUAUAAAUCCAACUAAUAACCGGCUGAGAAUAAAAUCAAUUCCUCCAGAUAGAAUAGCAAAAAUUCAAUUUUUUGUACCAGCCGAAUGCCGUGACAUAGAAGAUAUUAACAAAUAUAUGGUAGAAGAGUUAUCUCAAGUUAAUAAAGUCUACGGAACAAAGCUGACAUUCAGUGUACGUAUUGAUCCUGUCGAUUUUAGAACGUAUAUAAAAUGUAAUGGAAUACUAAACUUUGAGCAUCCGUAUAGUAUAGCACCUGUUUUUGGGUAUAGAAAGAAAGUUUGUGGACCGUUUCAUGAAGAACAUCGAUCGGAUAAAGCUGCAAAUUUAAACACAAUUAAUUCUAUAAAAGUAAUGUGUAAUAUAGCACAUGGGUCAUUCAACAACCAACUUCAAAACCAUUCGAUAUAUGAGUUUUUCCCAAGUGGGAGAAGAGGAACAAAGGUUGUUCAAUCUCCGGUAAACCUUAUAUAUUACAGAUUAAACAAAACAGAUAUUAAUUCAAUUACUGUUCAGUUAGUUGACCAAAACAAUAAUCCAAUUGACAAUUUUAACGAAACGUUAACAGUUGUUCUGCAUAUUAAACGUCACGGAUCUCAUCAUUAAAUUUAUAUCUUAGAUUUUGUAAUGUAUGAGUCAGUUACUUUAAGUUUAACUGGGAAUGCUACCAUAUUAUCUGUAAAUUAUUUUCCACCUAUAAACCUUUACGAGGACUCAGAAAUAGCUUUGUUAUGUUUACAGUCAUUUAAUUCGUUUCCAAAUAUUAAUGAUAAUAAUAAUAAAUUUUCUAUACAAGUAGCUGAGAAUGAAAACAAUAAUGAUCCUAUGAUAUGUUUUAUUACAUUGGAAGAGGGUUGUUAUGAAAUUGAAGAUAUUAAGCAACGAGUUAAGAAGCAAAUAGAUGACUAUAAUAGUAAAAACUUAACCAAUUUAACAUUCGACAUUACAGUUGAUCCUAACGAUUUCAGAUCGUAUAUAAAAUGUAAUGGGAUACUACACUUUGAGCAUCCGUAUAGUAUAGCACCUGUAUUCGGUUUUGAAAAACGAGUAUAUAAGCCACACAAUGAAAUUCUUCGAUCGGAAAAAGCUGUAAAUUUAAACACAAUUAAUUCUAUAAAAGUAAUGUGUAAUAUAGCUCAAGGAUCAUUCAACAACCAUCUUCAGAGUCAUUCGAUUUAUGAGUUUUUCCCAAGUGAAAGGACAGGGUUGAAAGUAAUUCAGUCACCACCAAAUUUAAUAUAUUACAAAUUGAAUAAAACAAAUAUUGAUUCGAUAACCGUUCAGUUAGUUGAUCAAGAUCAUAAUCCGAUUGAUAAUUUUGGUGAGGCAUUGACAAUUGUGUUGCAUAUUAAACGUUACGGAUCUUGAGAUGGGUUUAAAAUUCAAUAUAAACCCACUACUUCGGAUCAGUACAACUAGUCAUAAGACUAAAGUGCUACCAGCAACAUCAAAUCAAAUAAAAAAAUUGACGGUGAAGAAUAAAAAAAUUUUACAAGCUUUGGGUUAUCAAUUAAAGCAGAAUGCCUGAAAGUGAUAUUUUGGAUAUAACUUCACAGUACGAAACGGAUUCUAAAAUUACAAAAAUUGAAUAUCAUUCAUACGCACCGUAUACAACAUCAUUUAAUAAUAAUGAUGAAAUACGUAUAUCGAUCCAGCAAACGGAUGUCUAUCCAUAUCUACACGAAAGCUUUAUUUUUUUGGAAGGAAUAAUUACUGAUGCUACCAAAGUGAAACUAACUAAUAACGGUUACUCUUACCUUUUUGAGCAAAUACGGUUGGAAAUCAAUGGGAUAGAAGUAGAUAGCACGCGUGUUCUUGGAAUCACUAGCUCGUUGAAAGGUUACUUAUCCGGUACGCCAGACAACUACAAUUGCUAUGAAAAUGCUGGCUGGAAUUUUAAAAACGCAACGCAAUCAGAAAAUGAUAAAGGUGA